GGGUUUGCGGCGCGGAGCCGGGCGGGCGGGAGGAGGCGGACGGACGGCGGCGGGAUCCCUGUUCGAUCCUCCUGAGGGGAGGAAGGGCGGGAGGGGGUUUGGGGGGGGGGAGGGAAGGGGGUGGCUUUUCCGUCCGCGUUCGAGCCGCACACGGCGCCCCCGGAGAUGGAAAGGAAGCGCUUCGAGUGCUCGGCGCUGCCCUCCGGCUGGAAGCGGGAGGAAGUGACUCGAAAGUCGGGUCUGUCGGCGGGCAAGAGCGACGUGUAUUACUACAGCCCAAGUGGAAAGAAGUUCAGAAGCAAGCCACAGCUUGCGCGGUAUCUGGGGAACUCUAUGGAUCUGAGCAGCUUCGAUUUCCGAACAGGAAAAAUGCUCAUCAGCAAACUGAAUAAGAACAGACAGAGGCUGCGCUUCGACUCUGCCAACCAGGUCAAGGGCAAACCAGAUCUGAACACUUCACUCCCUGUUAGACAAACGGCUUCAAUUUUUAAGCAACCUGUUACUAAAGUCACCAACCAUCCCAACAACAAAGUAAAAAUGGAUCCGCAGAAAGCUGUUGAACAGCCACGACAGUUAUUCUGGGAGAAGAAACUUACUGGAUUGAAUGCCUUUGAUAUUGCAGAAGAAAUUAUCAAGACUAUGGAUCUACCUAAAGGUUUACAAGGUGUAGGGCCUGGAUGUACAGAUGAAACCUUGUUGUCUGCUAUUGCAAGUGCUUUACACACUAGUUCUAAUCCUAUCACUGGCCAGCUCUCGGCAGCAGUGGAAAAGAAUCCUGGUGUAUGGCUGAAUACCUCUCAACCUCUCUGCAAAGCUUUCAUGGUCACUGAUGAGGACAUUAGGAAGCAGGAAGAACUUGUACAACAGGUGCGGAAGAAGUUGGAGGAGGCACUGAUGGCUGAUAUGCUGGCACAUGCUGAAGAAUCUGGAAAAGAGUCAGAUAUAGUGCAAGAUAAAGAGGACGACGUAUAGCCAAGGUUGUUACUUGAAUCCAGUAUUUUUCAGGGAAGUGUGGACAAAGACAAGUGAAAAUAUUCGUAAGAAUGAGAAUCACUGAAUAGUUGAAUCAUUUUGGAAUUUCCACAUUCAAACUGGUUUAUCAUAUGUUUGAAGAACUACUUUCCCAGUUUUAAAGUGCUUUUUGUCAGAUGGAAACGGUCAUUUGUGAUGGGCAUGUAGACCAUUGCCAGUAAUCAUUUUUAAACCUGGUUUGUUUUUAUAUGCACAUUUUUUUUAAAGCUAUGUAAAAUAUUGUAAAAAUUGAUAUGUGCAAGUUGUCUAGUGGUAGGUACAUCCUAUUGUUUAUGGUUUAAUCGUGAAAUAAGCAUACAUCUUUAGUGACUAGUGCACUAAAGAAUGACUCCAGUAUUUCUAGUUUUGUAUGUUACAUUUCUAGAACAUUGCCUCAUUAAAGAAUUAAGAAUGCAUUGUUCAAUCCAGAAACUGCAUUCAUGCAUGUUCUGUGAAAAUUUGUUUUGAAUAUGUUUUAUAAUGCAUGUCUCCAGUUCCUCCAAGCCUUGGUAAGUGUACAUUAUGUGUAGUGGAACUAAACUGUAAAAGCUGGAAUGGCUUGUCAAUAAAAUCUCAUUGCCAUGUG